AUGAAACGAGGAAAAUGUACAGAGAAUUUGAGAAAUCUUUAUGAUGAUCGCACGAAUGAUCAUGAGAUUGUUUCGGAUUUACCAUCACACCACAUUGGUCAUAAAAAGACAAAACUUGAUUCGGAAGAACAAAAACAACAACAACCAUUACCUCCAGAGAAAAAUUGUGGUCUUCUCUCUUUACUCUCCAGAGAUGAGAUUGGAAUAGUUUUAGAAUUUCUGUUUCCGGGUCAGAUACUCAUGAUAAGCCUUUGUUCCAAAUGGUGUUAUUCAUGGAUUUGUUCGGUGGUUAAGGAAAAAUUCUCCAAGUAUGCUAUUCAAGGUCCUACUAUGGAGAUGAACUCUAUUGAGGAUGAUUCGGAUUCAGGAGAGAGUAGUAGUAGUAGCAGUAGUAGUAGUAGUAUGAAUGAUGAGGAUGAGGAUGAUCAAAUUUCGGGUUGGGCACUUACGCGAGCAGUGAGAGGUGCCAAACGUCUUUUCAUCACACUUGAAAACAUCAACCUCGUGAGACAAGUUGUGAAUGAAAUUGCGGAGCGUGAUGGUUCUCUAUGUGAAUUAUCGAAAAGAUUUGAGUUUGGUAGCGUUUGCAAUUCAACCAAGAUUUAUGAAAUUUUGAAUAUUCGCAAAGCAUGUCAUGAGAACUCGACAAAGGUUGUUAAAACAAUGGUGUGGAAAAUGAACAAUGAUUUGGAGAAGAAUAGUUCUGACCAUGAUACUUCAUUUAAGGAAAUUGAAACAAAAUCAGUUCCUAUUGGUUUUGGGCUGAAAGAAUUAUCAUUCCAAAACGUGGAACUCAGAAGAGAGCAUCUGUUUAGAAUCUUGACAAAAUGUUGUGAAAUUGAAAAAUUAGAUUUGUGCAUUUCAGAGCCUCAAAGUCGACGUGGAAAGCCACCCCGCAUCGAGGAAGAAGAAGAUGAAUUUUUUAAUAAGCAAGAGGGUCAUAUAUUUAUUCCAGUAUUUGAGACCCUUAAAUCUUUGACAUUGAAUGCACCAUAUUACUACGAUGAAGCUGAAAAAUUUAUGUUUGACAUUUUAACAAUUUGCCCACGCUUGGAAGAGUUGUAUUACACUGUUAAUAGUGACAUUUAUAACUCGUUUAUUAUCCAGCUUGCAAAAUUGUGCCCUAACCUCAAGAAAAUCCAAAUUUUAUGCAACGAUGACUGUUCAUCAGAACUACAGGUCACAGACGAGGGUUUAUAUGAAUUUUUGAAGCUAUUACCCCAACUUGAAUAUGUGUCGUUUCAUCCUUGCAGUAACAUUCGAGGUGAGAUUUUUAAAAAAAUUGGCGAGUUUUCACAAUUGAAAUAUUUUAAUAUCACUCGAGGUUCGUAUGACCAACCAGUACCCCUAGAAAAGGAUAUUCAUUUUGGAGGUGGAACUCUUUCCAAACUUGAAUGCAUUGAUUUUGGAAGCAAGGAAUACUCCUUCAACACAAGUGAGGAAUUUGACAAAUUUGUUACCACUCUCCGAUCUGUGGCUCCUCAUUUGAAAUAUUUGGGAGAUCUUUUGGAUAUUGACGUGAGCAUGGAUGAUAAGAAAAAAGUAGUCAACUCUUUUCCGAUACUCUUACUGAUUUAG